UGGAUGUCGUUUACUCUUCAAACUAUCACCGCAUGACCUUCGACUCACUUGAACUUAAGUCCUUCCUUAAUUCCUUGCGGAAGGCCAUUGAAACAUGGUUUGUAAUUUAAAUGUAAUAUUAUUCAGAAAAAAUAGUUCAGAAUACGAUAUAAUACCUCAUAUAGAUGAAGGAGAUCAUAAACCUUUGUCCAUUUGUAAUGAUGCAUUUGGGAUAUGUAAGUGUACAACAACUAUCGUCUUUGGUGAAUACGAAUCAAAUACAUCGGAACCUGUUUCUGACGAUUUGCUGAAUUAUCUUCUGCUAGUAUCUCCUAACACAACAACAUUCUGGAACUUCAGGCGUAAAGCUCUAUUAAACAACGACGUAUCAGUCGAUGCAGAACUAAGGUUCACUCAACUGAUUCUAAACAAGUAUCCUCGCUCAUACGAGACUAUAUUUCACCGUCAAUGGAUUAUUCAUCGUUACAAUUAUCUAAAUGAUCACAAGUUUCUAUUAUCUGAAUUGGAGUUAUGUAAUAAGUUUGCGGACAAAUAUCGUUGUAAUUAUGGUUUAUGGCAAUACCGUCGGUUUUUACUAUUACAUCAACAAAAUCCUGAGAUAUAUAAGAUAGAAUUGGAUAAUUUAAAUGUUUGGUUAGCAAAACACCCAACUGAUAUAAGUGGUUGGAGUUAUUUAGAAAGUGUCCUUGAUGGAUUAGUCAGUCAAUCUAUGGUUGUCGCAUUAUCUCCUAUGUUAGAUGAUCAAAAAUUACUGUUAGAAAACUCGACAAGGAUUAUUCAAAGUUAUUUUGAAAAAGUACAUGACAUUCUAGAACUUUAUCCUGAACGUGAAUGUGUAUGGAUGUUUAGAAGACGGUUGAUAACAUUCUGGAUCCAACUAAAUCGUCAUCAAUCUUCAUACAAUUCCAAUGAAAGCAUCAUGAAAUUACUUAGUCAAGUGGAACCUUUACUUCCUAAAGCAUUAAAUAUUAUUACACAAUUAAAAUCAUCUAAAAUAUAUUUUACGGGAUUUUCUUUCAAUGAAUUCUUAAAUUGGUCAUAUAAAAAUAAUCUAUGCAAAGAACCAUCAACAUUCAAGUGGACUGAUCUACUUUCUUGGCGAUAUUUAUUUUGGUUAUCCGAAUAUUUAUCGAGUUUAUUUAAAAAAUUAGAAUUGAUCAGUUAAAACAUUUUGCUACUUAAAAUUAAAGUAAUGUUGCAGUAGUGAUAUAUGCCUCCAAAUGCCCUGGUACAGCUGAGGGUGAAGAUAGUCCGCUUUCCCUUUCCAAAAUCUCUCACAUGGCCACACGUAUACAGCUACUGCCAGCAAAGUCCUACUCACUGCCUCUCGCGGUGAGAAUGUUGUUUAACGAAAUAAAGAGGAUAAAAAACGAAUGUCCGACGCUUUAACCGGGUUUCUGGAUACAGAGAAUCUAACUAGGGGAGUUGGGAAACCCUUAUUCCAAACCAGUGGUACAUAUAGGCUCCAGGAUCCUGAGGGAACGAAUGGCAUAUGAACCUAUUGUUGGUCACCAUGUACUAUGGGACUGGGUAUCCUAAUGUUGCUGCACUGCCUUGUGAAUUAGACUACUGGUUCAGGGGCUCAGAAAGUGACCUUCUAGUAAAACCACGUACUUCGGUUUGGGUACCCGGGUGGUGUCCCAC